ACCCCAUUUUCUUACGGAUAUAAUUGCUUUCCAAAAAAAAAAAAAAAAAAUUGACAAUCAUAUUUUGAAAUAUUUUUUGGCUUUCUUCCGAGUCUAAUUGAUUUACCUUAAUUUUUUCCUCGCAAUUAGAUUUUAACUAUUUAAAUACAAAAUGUCUACUACUACUAUAAAUAAAUUAGCAUUAGCUGAAUAUUCCGCUGAGCUGAUGGUGUAUUUUGAAAAACAUAAAAUUAUUGAAAUUAUAACGCGUUUAAUGGUUGAAAUUGGCUUGAUUCGGCCCACUAACCCACAAAACUGGAUCGCUACCAAUAUUCGGCGCAUUGCGGAUGAGUUUUAUCAUAAGUGUUUAAAAGCAAGCUAUACAUCCAGGAAAAUUGAUUACUAUCAACUGCCGCGACAUUUUCACCAUCGUAUAGUUAUAUUUGGACGCAGUGGCUCAGGUCGAAAAACUCAAGCAUUGGCGAUAGCAAAACGUUUUAAUUUAGUUUAUAUUGACGCAGAAAGCUUGAUUUAUACAACUUUCUUUCGAAACGAUGAAGUCGCACAGAAGUUACAUAAAGCAUUCUUACACAAUGUGGCUAGGGAAAAAUCGUCUGCGGUAUCGAAGGUUUUACAGCAGCGCUUAUUACAAAUGGAUGCCCUACGACAAGGUUGGGUGUUGAUUAAUUAUCCACGAAAUGUGGAGGAAUUCACCGAGAUGUUUGAAACCUACAAAAUACCACCCAACAAAGUUAUAUAUUUACAAUGUCCGGAAAUAAUGGCGAUGCGACGUUUAGUUUCUAAGCCAGAUUUGGGAUGCCCGCAAAAUUCGUGCGAACACAUUGAACAUGAGAUGGCUUAUUUCUCACAAAACGAAACAGCAAUUAAUGACUACCUCCAACGUCGCCAUGAGACCAUAUAUAUUGAUUCCACACCUUGUUUUGAAGCUGUGCGUACAAACUUAUGGACACAAAUGGAGCGUUUGCCUUAUGUAAUGGGUUAUAAAAUGUAACAAAAAAAGCUAAAUUUUCAAGUAGAAUUAUAAAUGGCAGUUAUUUAAUUGCUUUUACUUAGUCUAGAUCGUAGCCAACUUUUUUAAAAAGCAUAUACAUAUGUACAUAUAUUUUAUAGACUUGAAAUAAUAUAUUAAAACAUUAAAUCAGUACUUCAUUUUGCUAAGCAUGCA